AUUUCCACCUCCUCCGUGCCGGGGGUAGCGGGAACAAGCGUCGUCGAGUCGGAGCUGCAGUGGGGCAGACUUGGGAGGAUAACCCAUCUGACAAACCGCAACACUUCGAGUUCACAGGCACCCCUGGUAUCAGUCCUGAUACAGGUUUGUCACCAAAUUCUACUCCGCUGGACUGUUAUCUCAAAUAUGUGUCGAAGGAAAUGUUUGAAGAAGUUGCAGUUGAGACCAACAGAUAUGCGUCUUCGGUCCUGAGAGAAUCCCCUCCAUCGCCGUCAUCACCAGCCAAGAACUGGACCAGAACUAGUGCAGGAGAACUCGUCAUCUUCUGGGCUUUGUGCAUGCUCAUGGGAGUCGUCGGGAAACCUGCUAUCCAUCUCUAUUGGUCUACCAGGAACAUCCUUGCCACCCCUUUCUUCGGCCAGACUAUGACACGGGAUCGCUUCUGUCUUCUGCUCCGCUUCCUCCACUUCAAUGACAAUAACCAGGCCAAGCAGCGCAGUGACCCAAGCUACGAUCCGCUCUUCAAACUCCGGCCAUUUUAUGAUGCAGUUACAACAGCGUUCCAUACAGUGUUCACACCAUGGCGUUCCAUCGCGAUCGACGAGGCCCUCAUCAAGUUCUAUGGGCGCCUGAGCUUCAAGACGUAUAACCCCCGCAAGCCAGCAAAGUAUGGCAUGAAAGCAUAUAAAAUAUGUGAUCCGUCUGGGUAUACUUGGAAGUUUAGACUGUACACCGGUAAAGCUAAGGAUACUAUUGUUGGACUUGUCAUGUCAAUGAUGACAGGACUUUUAGACAAAGGAUACCGCCUCUUCAUGGACAAUUGGUACUCGAGUCCUACGCUUUUUGGAGAACUUUUCAAGCGGAAAACUCAUGCUUGUGGAACUGUCAGAGCCAAUAGAGUUGAGAUGCCCAAAAAUCUGAAACCUGCUCAAAAGAUGACCCGUGGGAUGUCCAUAUUCAAACGAUCAAAGGAACUGCUCGCCAUGCUGUGGUUUGAUAAACGUGAUGUGACGAUGCUGAGCACUAUCCAUACCAACUCAUUCAGCGACACACAGAAAAAACAUCACGUGACAGGGGAAAAUAUACAGAAACCGGACAUCGUUCUCGACUACAAUAAAUACAUGGGUGGGGUAGACCUCUCAGACUUCCUAACCAACACGUACGCAGACAUGAGGAAAUCACUCAAGUGGUACAAAAAACUCAUCUUUCAUCUAAAUGAUCUGGCAGUGACAAAUGCAUACAUUGUGUACUGCCAUGCAGUGGAUAGCAAGGUAGACCAUUUGAAAUUUGUACUAGACCUUGUCGAACAGAUGAUUACCUAUGGAAACAAGCUUGCACAGGACCGACCACGACCACUCAGACCUGGAAGGAGAUGUAACAAAGAAAAUGUACUCAGACUGGAAUUUCUAGAAUCACAACAUUGGCCCAUUCAUAUCCCUCCUACAGCGAAUAAGCCAUGUACAACUCGCCCAUGUGUUGCGUGCAAGCCCAAGCCCCUAGGAAAACGCAGGCAACAAGGAGAGCAAACAUCACGUCCAGAAUCAAGAUUCAUGUGCAGGAAAUGUGAAGUCCCUCUCCACAUCCUUUGCUUUGAACGAUACCACACCAAAGCAAAUUAUCGCUCCGGAUAGUACAGAACUUAGUAUAUUUGUAGAUGUAUAAUGUAUCACUGCCAUGAUCUAUGCCAUUGUUGUCAUGACAUUAGUUGACUAAAUGUUUUUAUAGAUGAUGAAUUUGUUUUAUUUGUGGACAUUUGAUCUUGCCUACAUGAUCCAUAUUUAUUACAAUGAUUGAGUAUAUUUGUAAAUGUAUAAUGUAUCACUGCCAUGAUCUAUGCCAUUGUUGUCAUGACAUUAGUUGACUGAAUGUUUUUAUAGAUGAUGAAUUUGUUUUAUUUGUGGACAUUUGAUCUUGCCUACAUGAUCCAUAUUUAUUACAAUGAUUGAGUAUAUUUGUAAAUGUAUAAUGUAUCACUGCCAUGAUCAUCUAUGCCAUUGUUGUCAUGACAUUAGUUGACUGAAUGUUUUUAUAGAUGAUCAAUUUGUUUUAUUUGUGGACAUUUGAUCUUGCCUACAUGAUCCAUAUUUAUUACAAUGAUUGAGUAUAUUUGUAAAUGUAUAAUGUAUCACUGCCAUGAUCUAUGCCAUUGUUGUCAUGACAUUAGUUGACUGAAUGUUUUUAUAGAUGAUGAAUUUGUUUUAUUUGUGGACAUUUGAUCUUGCCUACAUGAUCCAUAUUUAUUACAAUGAUUGAGUAUAUUUGUAAAUGUAUAAUGUAUUACUGCCAUGAUCUAUGCCAUUGUUGUCAUGACAUUAUUUGACUGAAUGUUUUUAUAGAUGAUCAAUUUGUUUUAUUUGUGGACAUUUGAUAUUGCCUACAUGAUCCAUAUUUAUUACAAUGAUUGAGUAUAUUUGGAAAUGUAUAAUGUGUCACUUCACUCACAUACAUGUACAUAUCGUGAAGCGACUUCCAUGAGAACACUUACUGAUUAUUACAUUGAGGUGAAAGAAUGCAAUAUUCCUUUAUGGACAUUGGUACGUUAUUGUUCCGUAAUCUGUAUCUGCUUUCAUUUGAUGCAUUGUACUUGAUUCAUGUUUCAUUUAUCUAUGCCAUUGUUGUCAUGACAUUAUUUGACUGAAUGUUUUUAUAGAUGAUCAAUUUGUUUUAUUUGUGGACAUUUGAUCUUGCCUACAUUAUCCAUAUUUAUUACAAUGAUUGAGUAUAUACAGUCUAUACAUGUACAGUGCUUGUUGAAAUCUUAAUAUUGUAAAGUUGAGAUAUAGAAGCUGCCUGCAUGAAAUGGUGUUGUUUGAUACACUUCUCGCUGUAAUGAAAGCAAUAUAUUGCCAGUUUUCCUUCAUCUUUAUCAUGUGCUUUGAACCAACAUUGAUUGAUUGAACAAAAUUCUGUACAUGUGCAUUGUAAAUAGCAGUAUGAACUGAUCUGAAGAACAUGUAGCUUGCCAGCAGAAUCUUUGUCUGAACUUAUACUGUAUGUAGGCCUAAUUUAUUUAUUUAUUUAUUUAUUUAUUUAUUUCUGAUACUUAUACAGGGUGGCACGUAUCACCAAUUAAAUAAUGUAAUGUAAUGUUUCAGACAACUCACUCAUCAGGUUAUUUUUAAUUGUUGUUAUUGUUUAUUUUAUAUAAUUUGUCAAGAUAUUUGAUGUUGCUUUGCCUGUGAAUUAAAUGCCUUUUGAUAACUUAUAUACGGAA